AUGGCCGACGUCCACGAGCGCGUCGCCGCAUAUCUCGACGACCAGCUGCAGACGCACGCCGACCUGCACCAGCUGGACGAGCUGCUGUCCAACGUCCGCACCCAGCACGGCCUGCUCCAACAGCAGCUCGAGCAGGCCGAGAAGGACGCCCAUGACGCACGCAAGGAUGCGGGCGAGCACCAGCGCCAGCUGCGCCACCAGCAUGCUCAAUUCGAGCGCGACCAGCAGGACAUCGACCGCCGCCUGCACAUCAUCACCGCCUCUGACGCCAGCGACGAUGCCGCCGCCCGCUUUGAGCAGAGCAUGGCCAAGCUGCACACCCUCGAGAUCGCUACCCGGUACACACAGCGCUUGAAGGAGGUUGGGGAGCUCAGCAACGAUUCCGAUCACGCCCUCGAGACGUCCGGUGAAGCUGCGCUUGCCUCCUACCGCCAGCUGAAGGCCCUUGAUGCCAGUCUGCAGCCUCUACACGAGUCGGCCGAGGGAGCUGCGCCGCACCUCAUCGACCAUGUUGCCAAGACCACCCAGCAUGUCCGCGGACAGCUUCGGGAUGCCUUUUCCAAAGAGCUGGAAGCUGCACUGAAGAAGAUAGACUGGCCCAAACGCCCUGAGACCACUUUCCUUGGUUCGCUCCAGGAGCAGUGGGCUGCUGCCGUGGGUAAGCUGCUUGACCUGCAGAAGCCUGAGCUGGAGGCAGCAGAGAAGAGCGUGCCCAAUGCGAAGGGUAGCAAGGCUGCGCUCGUUCUGUUGCCGCUCGAGGUAAUGGUACAACCGCUGGAAAUGCGUUUCAGGUACCAUUUCGAAGGUGACAAGCCGACCAACCGCCUGGACAAGCCCGAGUACUUCCUGUCCCAUAUCAUUGACUUGCUGAACAAUUUCAAUCCUUUCAUCGUCGACAAUCUUCAACCCAUCCUGCUCAGCCAUUUUAGAGGGACGGAUCUGGGUUUGAACGCUGCUUAUAUUGAUGCUACGUCUGCAUUCAUAACCGCUCUUCUCCCAAUGCUGCGUUCCAAAAUCUUCGCGACCUUGCCCAAGGUUGCCAGCCAGCCGCAGUUGCUCAGUCAUCUCAUGCAUGAAAUUAUGAGCUUCGACACCAACUUAAAGGAAGAUUGGGGAUAUGACGGUGGCAAUGGGUCCGAGGGCUGGAAGGGCCUUGCAUGGGAAGUACUCGGCACGCAAGACUGGUUUGGCAGGUGGCUCCAGGUCGAGAAAGACUUUGCUCUUGCGAGAUACCAGGCUAUCGUCGAGUCUCCGGAAAGCGGGGAACUUGACUACGACAGCGUAGACUCACAUUCGACGAAACCCUCCAAAUCCGCCAUUCGCGUCAACGAUCUGCUUGAGGCCAUCACAGAUCGAUACAGGCCGUUAUCCUCGUUCUCUCAGAAGCUGUCUUUCCUUAUUGACGUACAGAUAUCUAUCUUCGAUCGGUUUCACGAGCGCUUGCACUCCAGUUUGGAGGCUUAUCUCACCAUGACAUCCUCCGUCGGCCGCGCCGUACAAGGCAUAAGCCGCGAGGAGCAGGCCAAUCUCCAAGGCAUCGCCGGACUCGACCGCCUCUGCCGCGUCUUCGGCAGCGCCGACUACCUCGAGCGCGCCAUGCGCGACUGGAGCGAUGACGUCUUCUUCCUCGAGCUCUGGGACGAGCUUCAGGACCGGGCACGGCGGCGGCGUUCUACCAACCUGGCCGGGCCGCUAUCAAUAGCGGCCGUGGCCGAGCGCACGUCGAGCGCCGUCGGCUCCGACGACGCGGACGUGACGGGAGCCCUCUUCGACGAGACGGCCGGGGCAUACAACCGGCUGCGCGUGCGCUCCGAGGCCAUCAUCGCCGACCAGCUCGCGUACAACGUGCGCGAAGCGCUGCGCGCCUACCGCGCCAUCAACCCCUGGACCACGCUCUCCUCGACCAUCACCAGCGGCAGCGCCAGCAUCAGCACCACCCAGACCCACUCCCACUCCUCCUCCUCCUCCGCCGUCACGGCAGAGCUCGAGCCGCUCCUCACAUAUCUCGCGUCCUCACUCGCCUUCCUCAACCGCGCCCUCGCCCGCGCCCCGCUCCGCCGCAUCGCGCGCGCCGCCUGCCGCGCCGUCGAGCAGGGCGUGUGGGACGGCAUCCUCACGCGCCAUUCGUUCAGCACCGCCGGCGCCGCGCAGCUCGCGGCGGACCUGGCGGCGGUGGCGGACGUUGUCGAUCGGUGGGCGGGCGAGGGGUGCGCGGCGACGGGGCUGCGGAAGGUGAGGGAAGGCGUGGCGUUGUUGGGGCUGCCGGUGAAAGGUGGCCCGGGCAACGGCGGUGUCGAUGGCGGUGGUGAUGAGGAGGAGGAGGAAGAAGAAGGGGAUGGCGGGGCUGGUGGGUUGGGGCUGUGGGAGGUGGAGAAGAGGGUUUUUGCGGAUAACGAGCAGGCGAGGGAGGUGUUGGAGGAGUUGGGGUUCGAGUGCUUGACGGAGGCGGAGGCGAGGGGGGUGUUGGAGAAGAGGGUGGAGUUGGGGAGUUAA